UGCGUUUUUUAGACCAAAUACCAACAGUGGUGUCUCAUUCAUGAGCUAAAAAAAAAAUUCAUUCAUGAGCUAGGUUUUAGAUGCUAAUGAUCGUAGUUCAAGUGAUCGUGAUAGAGAUUAUGAUGGAUUUGUAGAAAUUAGUUUUUUUUUUUUAUGAACUUUCAUUGAUAGAACCCUAGAAGUAUUUUACUGUACAUUAAAGAAAAUUGUUUGUUGUAGUUUGAACCCGAAAUUUGUUGUUAAGGUCUAGCUAAUUUAAAACAAGUUUUUAAUAGAUUUGGUAAAUUAAAACAAGUACAGUAAGUUACCUCUUAAGAUUACCAAUACCUCCAUACAACAGUGAAGUUUGGUGAUUUUAGGUAUUUUUGGUACUGAUGUAUAUCAUUGAAUAAUGUUUGAUUUAUUCAAGUUGUGUUUACAUGAUCAUUGUUGGUUUUCUAGACAUGCGCAGGAGCUCGGUAUCACCUUGAAUUAAAUAGAUUGGAAAUCAUAAAUUUGUAACGGUAUUUUGUUUAUGCAUGAAUGGUGAUAAUAGUAUGCUCUACGUGCCCUUAUCUAAGAAUUUAAGUGGGAGAGGGAUUAUCUAGUCCUGCGGGGAUUAUAAAUCAUUUGUCAAUUUUUCUUGAGUAUUGGCUUGGAUGCGUUCUAUCUUGUACCGGUGGUCAAUUUUUCUUGCAUACUGGCUUGGAUAAUUAGCCAUUUGUUCUGCUUUUAUCGUGUUGAACUUUCCAGACAGUAUGUCAUUCAACACUAGCUGAAUAUGUUGAAGCAGGAUUUAUACAUUGCAUCAGAUCUGCCUUUGCUUGAUACCUGGAGUCAUAUGACUUCUAGAAUUCUACUGGAUGACCACAUGGAGUCUCUAAAUUAUCCUGUUAGGAAGAUAGUAAAACCCCCCGUCUUUUGCCCUUUUUUUAACACAUUAUUGUAAUAUGUUUUUCCGCUUUUUUUUAUAUGUUUUUCCACUAACUGCAGGUGAAAGCUGGUAAUGGCGAGUGCUAUGCUAGAGAAGAGUAUUCAUCAAAUUAAGGAUAUGAUCGAGUCUCGUCAGUUCAUACAUGUUCUGAAGUUAAUUAAGGAGCUUGAAUCUGAAUAUCCAUCUUCUGCAUCACUGUUGGUACUCAAGGCUCUUGUGUACGCAAAACUUGGCUAUACCGAAGCACUAUCUAUUUGUGAAAAUGCGAAAGAGAAAAUUUUCGCUGAUACAUCGGUUCUUCCUGAUGUAUUAAACACUUUCCAGACCAUUUGCCAACUUCUGAAACGUAACGAUUUAGCAAUCACUUUCUACGAAUAUGCUUGUGGGGAAGUUCCCAACCAUUUGGGCUUGAUGAUGGGACUUUUCCAAUGUUAUGUCCGUGAGUCUUUGUUUGUAAAUCAACUUAUGAUCUGCCUAAAAAUGUAUAAGCUUUCUCGAGAAGACAAGUUUCUGAUGUGGGCAGUUCUCAGCAUUCAACUACAGGUGGUUUCUCACUUGGUCAAGAAGCACGCGACCACCCAUAACUUGGAUGAACCAGAAGCCCAUUAUUAUACACUUCUGUAGCGCAACAACAGGGUAAGUAUGAUCAUGCUCGUGAAAUCCUAUCCAUGCUGGGUACGACACUCCUAAUAUGUGAAGUUGAGAGGCUACAUAUGAAGCUCUGAAGAUUGGGAAUGUUUCCUCAGCGAGUUGGGUCAAUUGCUGGAGGAAGAUAGUCAGUGGUGUGGUGCAACAACCGACAAUGAAAUUCAUCCACCCAUAGUCUCGGCGUGCAAAUUAUCUCGGCGUGCAAAUUAUCUCAGCUGUCUAAUGAAGAAUUUGGAACAAACUUGUCAGAGGCCCUAAACCUAAAGUUAGCUAGCCUGCCGAUGGAAGUACAUGGAUGUCUUCAUGGAAAGAAAUAUGAUUGGUUAGCUGCAGAUGAGUACUUUAGCAGGCUUGGUGCUGACACUAAAGUAACCCUUCAAGUCUCACGGGAGUCUGAAGAAUUACAGUUGAUUAAUAAUCUCUGUGGACAAGAUUCAUUGACUCGAGCCCUCCAGGUAGAAGUUCAAAAAUUUCUUGCGGGAGUUGAUGAGAGCUCAGCUAUCGGUCUUGAUGAAGUCCCUGAAUACCAUGGGACAUCAAUUGUCUUAAAAACGAAUAGCUUCAUCUUAGUAGCUGCUGACGGGAAACUUACUACAGACAAUGACUCUAAAGGCUUAAACUUGAAAGCUGAUAAGGUUCAUUGUCUCGAUGACAUGGGUGUUGCAAUAUGUGGGUCUUGGAAGACUUUGAGGAACACAGUUGGCAUGUUGAAGAGGCAUUUUAGAUGUGUUAAGAACGAGAGAUCUAGACCUACGGUUAGUGAACUAGCUGGUUUCUUGAAAGAAGAACUAUCGUCGUGCCAAGGGAAGUCUGGAAUUAUUCUUGGCGCCUUCGACCAGUUGGAGGAGGGUCGUGUUCCAUGCAUCUCGUUUGCCGAUGACCACACAAAAAUUGAUGUCACCCAACCAUUCUUCUGCUCGGGUACUGGUGAAAGGUUUGCGAGCCAGAUCUUAUCAGAAGGAAACAUGCACAUGAACAUGAGCUUAGAUGAGGCCAUUUGCUUGGUUGAGAGAGCAUUUGUUUAUGCGAGUUUACAUGAUAGUUGCACGAGUGGAUGGGCAAAUAUUUACGUGAUCGAAGUUGACAAGCCCAUAAGAGCAAUGACCAGAGAACGAAUAUCUACUACAUUGUGGCGUAGACAUCAUUUGUCUCUUCCUGAAAGUCAUACAUGAAUCACUGUCUAGGCUUUUGUGAUUUGAGCUGUAGCAACUUCAGAGAAUAACUUAUUACCUUUUGUUAAGCCCUUUGAAAUAGGCCAACUCGCUGUAAUAUCCUUUUAUGCUCUACAUUUUCCCCUAUAUAUCAUUAUUAAAAGAGGGGUUUCUCUUGACAUUUGUAUUUAGUGGGAAUGUUAUAAAUAUGAAAAGACUUAAGAUUGCAAGUUA